GAGCAAAAAAGAAAUGGUAUUGCACAAUGAAAACCGAGAGGAUAGAAAAAAAUAAUUGUCGAAACCAUAGGAAGAAUGGAAAAUAAUGAAGCUCGAGAGGAAAGGACAUACCAUAGAAAUCAGAGUGAGAAUGGAAUAACACAAAAAUAAAAGAGGAAAUGACAUUGUAGAGAAAGCAAAGAGGAUUGAAAUAAUAAGGGAGUCAGAGAAGAAAUAGCAUAGCACAGAAAACAGAAUAGAAAACAAGAACGCCCAAGAGGAAAUGGCAUUGAAAGAGACAUGAGAGAGAGAACAGAUAAACAUGGAAGCCAAAGAGGAUAUGGCAUAGCAUAGAAACCAGAGAGAGAAUGGAAUAACACAGAAGCCCAAGUGGAAUUAUCGUUGCAGAGAAACCAGAGAGAAUGGAAAGCAAGUAAGCCCCAGAGGCAAUAGAAAUAGACCCCAGAGAGAGACUGAAAUAACAGAAUCCCAAAAGGAAAUGAGGUAUCACAGCAACCAGACAGCGAGAAUGGAAAACAAAAAGCCCUAGAGGAAAUAGCGUGGUAAAGAAAACAAAGAGAGAAUGGACAGCAAGGAGGCGCAAGAGGAAGUAAAUAUCACAUAAAAGAGACGAAUUGAUCAACAUAGGCGUAGAAGAGGAUAUCGUAGCACAGGAACCAGAUUCGAAUAACGCACAAGCCCAAGAGAAGAUGUUAACGCACAGGAACCAGAGACAGAAUGAAAUAACACGGGAGUAUUAGAGGAAAUAACAUAAGACAAAGGGAUAAAUCCAGAAGAACGAGAGGAAAUGCCUAAUAUGGAUGAAAGAGAGGGAACUGAAUAAAACGAAGAUAGUAUAAAUAACUUUGCAGGUGAGCUGAAUGGAUUAUGACGCUAUCCCAUAAGUAAGGGGAAUAGAACGGAAAACCUUGGAAGUCGAAGUGGAAAUGUAGUAAUGCAUAGAUCCGAGAGAGAAUGGCAAUGUAUGGAAUAUGGAAUAUUGUGGAUUUUGAAGGAGGAAAAAGGAUGCUAAUUGUGAUGCUCAGUAGAUGGGAUAAUACAACGCGAAGAUAUAAUACAGUGAAUGCUAAAAUGGACGGUGUUGGGUACUAAGUCCACAGGCGUGCAUUAUACACCAAGUUCUUUCUUUCUCUCUCUCUCUCUCUCUCUCUCUCUCUCUCUCUCUCUCUCUCUCUCUCUCUUUCUAUCGAGAGUGCAAUACCUUAUAAUCAGUCUCAAUUGUUCUGUCCUGAGAGAAGGAAAGUGUGUUCUCCUCGCUGAAGUGUCCAGAAAGAAAACCGCUUGGGUCUUGCAAUGUCACUUUCAAUAACAAAUGUGUCGGACCCUAAGAGUAUCAUUACGGAGGAAUAUGUUAAGAAAGCUCUCAUAGCAGACAAGGGAAUCCAGGCUGUCUUAAAAUGCUGGAAGGUCGCUGAUUUCACCAAACGAGGGGAUAACUAUGCCUGUGAAGUAACAAGUGUAGAGGUCAAAUAUUCUUUGAAUGAUAAGGAAGAGUGUGAGGUCACUUACGUUGUAAAACUAAAUCCUCAUUGGAAUUUUGCAGAUUCCGAAGACCAUACACAACUUUUCUUUGAAAAGGAGGGUAAAUUUUAUGAAGAACUUGUGCCAGCGUUGAAUGAAGCACUGAUGUCUGCAGGCCAAAAGCCUCUUCGUUUUGCUAAGUGUUUCCUUGUUUCCUUAGAAGAAGGAAAGGAACAACUUUAUCUUGAAGAUCUAAGAGCAAGAGGUUUCAAAAUGUUUGACAGGAGGAAAGGAAUGGAUGAAUGUCACAUUGCUCUCGUCAUUUCCGAGCUUGCCAGACUGCACGGUGCAUCUUAUCUCCUGACAAAGAAGGUUUUGGAAGGAGAAUCUGCAGCAGCAAGAUAUGAAUUUUUAUCAAAAGAUCUUCUGAAUUUCUCCCCAAAUAUCAAAGAAUUAUAUGUGUCAUGUAUGGAGAGUAAUGUUGAUACCGGUUUAAUGAUGUUAGAUAGAAUUGGUGGUUAUGAAACUGCCAUUGGUUGGCUGAAGUCCUUCAAAUCUGAAGUUGAAAAUGUUUUAUCUUCAGGAAUACAAAGUACAAGAUUCAGAAGCAUAUGCCAUGGAGACUGCUGGAACAACAAUCUUCUAUUUAGAUACAACACUGAAGGUCAUCCAGUGGAAGUUAUGUUGUUAGACCUUCAGAUGUGUCGCGAAGCUUCUGCUGCAAGUGAUCUGAAUUACUUGCUUUGUACAAGUGUCAACGGAGACGUGAGGAAACCAAAGCUCCGUCAUUUCCUGUCUCUUUAUCAUUCAACCUACAAGGAAGUCCUACAAGGGGGCGAUAUGCCCAUGCAUUUUACUCUGGAAGAACUCAUAGAGGAAUAUAGAGACAAGAGUAAGUAUGGAUUGCUCUUUUCCUUGGCUAUCUUACCAAUAGUAUUGGCAGAACCGGAGGAAGUUCCAGAAAUGUCAGAUACAGACUCUGAAACUCUUAUGAACCGUUUCAGAGCAUUAGUUUUGGAACAUCUCGAAACAAAUCCCCUGUGUAAACCUCGCUUCCUGUCAAUUUUUGACGAGUUUAUGGAAACAGGAGUCAUCUCAUGAUUUUAUUGUAGACCAGAUUCAAUUCCAUCAAUGAAUGAUUCUCUGAAGACAUGGCAUAUCAAAUCUGUUUAAUCAUUUUGCCUUUAGAUUUCUGCAAAUGCAUACAUUGAAUUGUUCUAAACCUGGCAAUAUGCUGAGGCAGUUGAUGUCCGCUAAGUACCAACAUUCUUAGGUUUUCCUUUACAGUUUAAUUAGAGUUAGUUACUUUAUUCCUCUUAUAAAUUAUCUGACACAGCAAAGAACUCCUGGAAGCUUCGCUUAGUUUGUUUGCUUAUUUAUUUGUUUGCUUGUUUUUCCUUUUGCUAUGAGAUAGCUGUUCCUUCUGAGUCUACUAUAUAAAAUACAUAUCCUAGUUUAGUAACAUUGAAAUGCCUGUAGUAAUACCCCACUUUCAUAAUAAUUAACCACGACCAGUUUUAAUUACUAAAUGACUUUUCACAUUGUCUCUGUUUUUACAUUUUAGUUUCCACUUAUGAAUUCUUUUAUCCCUUUAUGUUUUAGAAUUUGGUACUUGAAAUUCCAAAUGAAAACCUGUUUUCAUAAGAUGGUUUACAAUAUAGAAUUAUCUAUAGGAUGUCAAGAUUACACUGCUUGUGAUACUAAAUUCCGCUGAUAUUUCUCCAUAAACCUCACUCCUAGACAGUCAAGCAUUUUGUGAUGCCAUCUUCACUCCAAACUGUAAAUGGGCAAAGUCUGCAUAGAAGCCAAACUAAUGGAAUUAACAGCCAACAAUGGCCCAUGAUCUCUUUUACAAUUUUGCUACAGAGUAACAAAUUAAAAGAUAUAUGGGGAAAUGAUGAAACGGCUAAAUGGAGUCUUUCGAAUUUGCAACAUUCCUGUCAUUUUCUAUACCUGAGGCAUGCCAAGUUAAUCAAAAUGAUAAAAAUCCUAUCUGUUUAUUAUGCACUUGCAGUGAGAUAUGUACAUAUAUGUGCGUGUGUAUAAAUAUACAUAUAAUGCGUGUGUUUGUGUGUAUGCGAAUGCAGAGACUUUUACUCAGUUCGCAAAAUGGAGCUUCACUUUUGGUUAUUUGCUGAAUUUCCUUAAAUUUUAAGCCAUUACGUGCAAUUUCUAAAAAAUUGGCACUGCCAUCAUAAAGAAGGUGUAGAUUUGACAAAAAAAUGCUAUGAUUUUCUGGUACCUUUAACAGUUUAUGAAUUGAAAUAUUACAUUAAAAUUUACAAAAAAAAUUAUUAUACAUGAGUACACAUUGCAAAUUUGAAUAAUGAACCCAGAUACUAUCCUGUCUAAAUAUUAAAUCGUCGUGUUGUUUUGGAUAGUGUUAUUUCAAGACUGAUUUCAUGUAAAUCGCAGGAACUCCCUUAUAGUUGGAAAUAUUACAUAAACAUAUAAGUCAUUUUGAAAAAUAAAACACUAAGACAAGUGGGGGAAAUUGUCCGAGUGGGGCAAUAGUUUCUCUGACAAAUCUGCAAGAUGUUUUACGCUUUUUGCAUUUCGAGAGGUUUAGUAUAGUACUUAUAUUCUUAAAUUCUUGCGUGAGUGUUCAAAGUUAAAUGGGUAUCUAGUAAUGCCAAGAAAUACUUUAAAGAUCGUAUUAAAUUUUCAAUCUGAUGAGUGACUUUGGGAAAAUCAAAGAAGUUCGGACAAUUAUAUCGAAAAAACUGUGAUUUUUUAAAAAAUAUAAACACAAUACUCGGUUUUGGCAUGCAGUAGGAAUGGAGUAUAUUAGUUUUUUUGAAUUUCUCUUGAAUGUAUAAAACUGUUUUUCGCGUGAUUGUCCAUUUUUCAGCUUAUAUUAGCUCUUCUCUCUUUAAUCAAGAAAAAUAAAUUAUAUAUUCCUAUAUUGUUCAACCGAAUAGUGAAAGCUGUUUUAGGCAGUAUUGAUAGGAUAUCAUAAACACAUGUUUAUAGCUUAAUGUGGUGUUCAAAAUAAAAAAAAAAUAAAGUGUACAAUGUC